GGGGGAGAGCCUGCAGGUUCAGCCGCAGCGCACACCCGCUUACAACGCGCAGCACAAAGGACGGUUGAGGGAGAACAGCUUCUUGUCCUUCGGUUCAAUGGCUUCAGAGCGAGCUUCAUCAGGUUCCAGCUAGUUACCUAUAGGAAUGCAGAGACAGAAAGCCAUCUGUUCGCUGCUGUGAUUGUGGAGAAGCAUCACUGCCAGGGCGUCUUCUGUUUCCAUGAACUGAAGGACGCAGUACUCUAUUGGCAGCGAAGAUGGACGAUUCUGCAAACUCGGAUGCAAACAUCACAGAGGAUGAACGGUCGUCAGGAAAACGCAAGCUGGAUGAAGCAAGUGGAGGAGAGGAUUUUUCCAACGAAGAAGGUUUUUUGACUGGUCGUGUCACAAGAAUGAGGGUUUCGGAAACUGCAGACAAGAAUGGGGGCGCGUCCGGUGGUGUCAAUGCUGGGGAUCUAUCUGAGCUGACCACUGACUCCAAGGCAACCCCAAACCACCAGAAGCAUGGUACACCAUCCUCAGCACUCCCUCCGAACGGGCCUGCCAAUGAGGACCUUGGGGAUGGGCCUCUCAACCCUAGCCUUGGCGGAAACCCCCACGCCAGUGGACCUGGUCAUGUCGGGCCGCCAGAGACUCCCUCCCCCUUCGAAGCAACACCCGGCAGCCUCCUCCUCCCAUCUUCAAUGGAAGCCGCGCCCGCUAGCUUUUCCUUCCCCUUCCUGUCAGAGGCGCCCCACGCCAGUACUGCGCCCUCUGUUUACAAUGGAGCUUCGCUGUCAGAAAGUGUCCUCCCGCCGUCUGAUUUCGUUGGGGACAGACCUAUUCAUGGGCAGCUAAAUGUCUUUUCUUCGCUGCCCCUUCAAACUGCCUUCGUGUCCGACACAAACGCACACAGUGAUGACCAACAACUAGAGUCAGGAGCCUUCCAGGGACUCUCUCCGGUCAGGGUGCAUGAAGGAAGCCAGGAUGGGGCGGUUCUUCCUUCAGACACUUCUGGGGCUCUUGUGGGGCUGGGCUUGGAACUAAGUCGGGGCCAGACUGCAACUACUGACGGAGAGACACCCAGCGACCACGAGAUGGUGGAUGCUUUCGCAGGCAGCGGAAACAUUCCAGGUGGCGCGCUUGAGGAGACAGCGGCGCAGGAGCGAGCUUCAGAACCUGAGCUUCAGGAUCUGGGACCAACGGCUAGCGCCGUUCCCAGCGUUGUUAGUGCAACGCCAGCUCUUGAGGCCGAACAAGUUGAUGAGGAAGCCGGCGCAACCUUGGAUGAGAUGACCUUGGAUCUUAGCAAUUACCCCUCUGCAAUUUUUGAGGAUGUCGUCAUGGGCGGCGAGGUCAGCGGGGAAGCUGACAUUGGCACGACUCGGGAUGAGGCCAACACGGGCAGCAUCAUUGGGGACGAUGUCAGCAUGGGUGAAAUUGCAUGUGAUGACGUCAGGGCGGACGACAUCGAGUGCGACGACGUUGACGGUAGGGAUGGUGAUGUCAGCAGACGGGCGGCAGAGGAGGAACAAGGGGCAUCCGAGCAGUGCAGAUGCGCUGAGCUGGCGUCGGGGGCUGCGCAACUACAGCUGCUGGUGAAGCUGUUUGACGGGCGCAUGGUGCUCGUGCGGGCAGACCCGUCGGAGGGGGCCGAGGCCGUGCUGGAGAAAGUGAGGAUCAAGACUGGCGUCGACUGCGUGGGCCAGCGAUUACUAUACAAUGGCCGCGAGCUGCCCCCCGACGCGCCCCUCGCCAUGUUCGCGCUCGAGAGCGGGUGCACGCUGACGCUCGCAGCCCGGCUGCGCAGCUCCGCGGUUCCGUGGGCGUUCACGCUCACCGAGCGGCUCUUGCACUACGCCAAGGUGGCGCUGGACCCCGGGGAAAAGCUUGGGAGGCGGGAGGUUGCGGCCAACACGGUGACGCACCAGGUCGCGGGCCUCCUGGAGAAUGCGCGGCAUCUGCGGGCCAAGGCCGCCGACUCCGAGUGGGGCGCCGCCAAAGCGGGCGUCGUUGACGUGUUCCGGACGAUGGGCGGGCCCAGGAUGCUGCACGCGCUGCUGCAGUCACCCGACGCUUUUUGCCGGCGGUGCGCGGAGGACUGCAUCCACGGCUUCGUAACGGAGGUCCAGACGGACUACCUCUUCACCCGGGGCCGCCUCGGGCUCUACUGCCUCCCGGUGCUGACGGACGUCUGGACGGCCCUCCUGUCCGACGAUUCGGACCACGUCCGUGAGACGUACGAAGAAGUGACGUCAGCGUUGCUCGCCACGCUGGCGGGCAAGAGCCAAUGGCUGCUGCGGGACUACUUCCGACUGUCCAAGCAAGGGGCGCUCGAUUUCUUCGUGGGGAUGCUGGAGCGGGUUAAGGACAGGUUAUGCGCGUUAACCACCACGCUGACCGACGUUUACACCGAAGAAGGACACUCCUACCACGCGUGGCUCCAGCCGCUCCCCGAAGCAAAAACGUUCGGUGUCCUGUGCCACGUGGUGGUCUCUGCAAUGCAAUCCGCCGCCGACGAAAUCAUCCACUGGUUCGACGUCGCCGAGAUCGCCCCGGGGGGGGAGCGCCAGUACACGCGCGCAGCCUGGGAAGGGGGGGGUGUUUGGAGCCGCCUCGGCGAGGCCUACGCGCGCGUGCAACGAGUCCUCGACCCCGGGUUCUAUGCUGACGUGGCGGCCUGGUGGGGCGCCACGUCAGCGGCGCUCUGGGAGGGAGUGCUCACGGACGAUCCGCAGAGCACGCGCGAGCAGGUGUUUCUGGCGCGGGUGACCCUGGACGAUUCCGCCCGCUCACAGGUGAACGGAGUCCUGGGUGAGCGGAUCUAUCACGUCCUCGACGGCCUGGCGGCGUUCAACUUCGGCGGGCCCCAGUCGCCCUUCUUCGAGCGCUUCGAGGCCCUGUUGACGGGCCACGAGUCGGAAAUCGACGCGAUCGCGCUCGCGUGCCCCGAAAACAAGGCCUGGAUGUUCGACGCGCCGGCGCGGCGCCAUUUGGCAUCCCGGACACGUGUCGCCUGGUUCUUGAAGCAGUUUCCGGAGCCGGAGGAAGGCGGUCCGCGCGUCGAGAUCAUCGUCCCCAGGGGGGCGACCCUAUUACCGGAAACGCUGUCCAUGAUUGGUGACGAAGAAACGAACGAUCUGAGCAAACUGCAGCGCGGGCUCGGCGUGGUUUUCGACGGCGAGGAAGCGGAGGGCCCGGGCGUUCUGCGCGAGUGGUUUGCGCUCGUCGCGAGGGAACUGUUCAGCGAGGAGAAGGGGCUGUUCCUCGCGGCGCCGGAAGAUAAGCGGAGGGUGUUUCCGAACCCGGCGUCAGGAGAAGCGUUUGGAAGCGGCAGGUGCAAGAGGCAUUUGGAGUAUAUGCGGCUGGCAGGGCACGUGCUGGGGCUUGCCAUUCUGCACAGGGUUCCUCUGGGCGUCCUUCUGAGCACCGCCUUCUACAAGGCCCUCGCACGCCAGCCCCUCUCCUGGGCUGACGCACGGGACAUCUCCCCGGACCUCUACAACAGCUGCAAGGCAGUCCUGGAUCUACCCCCGGGGGACGUCGAGGCCCUCGGGCUGACCUUCUCCGCUGACGUCAUCCAGAACGGGGCCAUCUCGACCGUCGAUCUCGUGGCGGGCGGCGGCGAUGUCGCCGUGACGGGCGACAACCGGGCGGACUACAUCGACCGGUUGGUGAACUACCGGUUGCUGACGCAGGCGGAGCCGCAGCUCGGGGCGUUUCACCAGGGGCUCUCGGUGAUUAUCACCGGGACGCAGAGCCUCGAGCGGGCGUUGACAAUCGUCGGCCAGACGGAACUAGAGGAGAUUCUUGAGAGCGCGUCGCCGGAGAUCGACGUCCGCGACUGGAUUCUGCACACGGAGUACUCGGGAUAUACCCCCGAGUGCGACCAGGUACGCUGGUUCUGGCGGGUGGUGGAGGAGAUGACGUCAGAGCAGCGCCGGCGGCUGCUCUACUUCGCGACAGCGGUCGCGCACCUGCCGUUGUCAGGGUUUAGCGCCUUGCCGCAUGCAUUCCGGCUGCAUAGAGCGUAUGUGGAUUUGGACUGGCUGCCCACGGCGCACACGUGCUUCCACCUCUUCAUGCUGCCCCCGUAUAGCUCAUACGAGAUGAUGCGCAGCCGGCUGCUUAUGGUCACGCAGGAUCACGUCGUUGAAGGUUUUGGAUUUGUAUAGUACUCAACGAGCUUAGGUGGAGUCGGUUUGGAGAGUAGAGACUCACAGUAAGUCAGACUGACAUUUAUUAGAAGCUGCUUCUAAGAUGUACAUAUGUCAAUGGACAUGUAGACAUAUUCAUAGAUCCGCUGUAUCCAGAUUGGGUACGAAGAUGGACCAGGAAAGGACUCCCUCUAAAAUCUACAAUCUCAACCUGAAAGAAGCGCUAGCCGCAGCUAGGAUGCUUCAUGCAAUGUAAGUCACUGGCCGCA